UAAGUGUUCAUCACCAUCCUGGUCACCGACAUUCCUCUCCUCGGUGAUAUUUUACAGCCUGCGCGGACCGUGAAGUCUGCGCGAAUCUAUUGCAUUUCGAGGGAAUACUCGAACCAAGCCCUUUGAGGAUCAUUAGAAGGCAUAGCGCAUCAUCUGCGAUCGAUAACCACAUUGCAAUCGUUAUGGAAUUUCCAUUUAUGCGAGCAUUUAUCGCUCUUUUUCUCUACCGCUAUUUCCGUCUAGUGGUGAACCUGGUUUCUUUCUGGACUUUCAAGCCCAUUCCUCUUCCCGAAAACCCGAAACUCACUGCCCAGGAUGUGACGGUAAUACUUCCGACAUUAGAGGGCUGCGGUGACGAACUCGUGGAGACAAUAAGGACGAUACUCGAGAAUCAUCCGUUUGAACUCCUGCUGGUGACCAUUGAGGCGAAUAGGAAGAAGGCAGAACAAAUGCUGAGCUUGAUGCCCGCUUCAAAGUCCAAGAUCCGCCUGUUCACAGUGACGCACCCCAACAAACGCCGCCAGAUGACGCGGGCGAUCCCAGAGGUACAGACGGCAAUUACAGUCUUUGCAGAUGACGACGUGAGCUGGCCACGCACGGUGCUUCCUUGGAUCUUGGCACCCUUCGAGAAGGAUGAACGAUUCGGCGGCGUGGUCACUUGCCAACGGCUGCGACGUGCUGUUGCGCCUACCAUGUCCCAGCGAAUCUGGGGAUAUCUUGGAGCCCUAUAUCUUGAGCGACGAAACUUUGACUGCGCGGCCACCACGCACAUUGACGGAGGAUUACCUUGCAUGUCCGGGCGCACAGUCGCUUAUAAAACUAGGAUCCUUCAAGAUGAAGGGUUCACAUAUGCUUUUACAAACGAGGAAUGGUGGUUUGGCAAAUAUCAAUUGAAUGCCGAUGACGAUAACUUCAUUACUCGCUGGAUGGUCUCUCAUGGCUGGGAGACAUAUAUGCAAUACCAUCCUGAAGCAGAAGUCUUGACCACACUGGAAAACAACCCGAAGUUCCUGAAACAAUGCGCACGCUGGUCUCGAAGCAAUUGGCGGAGCAACCUUACAAGCAUGUUUCAUGAGAAACACGUUUGGUAGUAAGUUUCCCUUGUCGAUACAUACUCGAGUCAAUUCACCAUCUGGCUCUCCUUGUUUCCUGAUUCUCAACAAGUCGUUCCUGGGGUGUGUAUAUCUCUCUGUCCCGGUACGGGACAAAGCGAAGUAAAGCACCCUGAGUGGCACCUUCACACAGAUGAAAUUAUCCAAAUGGUGUUGGCCUCAUUCUUGAGUUGUGCAUGCUGAUUCUUUUGUAGCCGCCAACCUUGGAGUGCAUACGCUGUUCAUCUGACGACACUUUCGCCCCCAGCACUAUUGGGUGACUUGCUGCUUCUCUUGUUAUGCCACAAAGCCACUGUAA